AUUAUUUAUUAUUGUUUUAUUAUUUAUCUCUUGAUAACACGUCUGAUAAUUUAAAACACUUUGAUAGCGAUCGAAGAGUUCCGCAGUAUUUCGUGCGCAAAAUAUAUCAAUCAUGUACGGUUCCGUGGUGUUCGUCCCCUGUCCGAUGGUCGAUCGUUUCGCGGCGUUUUGCUAAGUCCCAACGGUUUCGCUUCACGCUGCUUCACCGGAUCACCGUCGUAACAGUUUAAUACCAUCAUCAUUACCGACAUAGUUUCUCGUCCGUUGUGUCCCGCGCACCACUGAUGGACCCAUGUUACUGACGUCGGUCGACACGUUGGAUCGAUCAAAAACAAUGUUAGAACUUAACGUGCCGAAAAAUGUUUAGUAAAAAAGUACAAACGGACGUGAAGAAAUCGGCAUACAAGAUAUUGGACCCGAAAAAAGACACUGCGACGAGAUUCAAACAUUUGAAAUUUUUACUAGACAACAGUGACGAAAAUGAAUCUAAACAUUUGUUCGAAAGCAACUACAGCAGUAUCUAUCAAAUAUUUUAUGAAAGUUUCAUUAGUGUUGAAGCCAAUUUGAAACAAAGAGUAACUAAAAUUCAUAGAGAUGAGCUUGAUACUAUACUAAUAAUAUUAGAAAAAGUAUUAACAUUAUGUCCAGAAAUUGUAGCACAAAGAUGGCAAUGUCACAGUAUGUGUAUGAUCAUAACCAAACUAUUACAUCCAGAAAAUUCAUGGCGGUUAAGACGUGAUGGAAUAAAAUUUUUUAUUUUAUGGUACCAAAUUUUGGGACAUAAUGCACCUGACUCGGUGCAUGCAAUAUUUGCAACACUUGUACCUGGGUUUUCCAGUCCAAUACCUGAACAUCCUGGAUUGGCAGCACUCUGGAAUAACCAUUUAUCUUCCAUUAAUUUACAUGAAAAUUUGUUGGGUCCAGUCAGUACUGUAGAAACUAAUCUGUUAUAUGCACCACAAAUGGGUGAAAAACAGCCAGAUGAUGUAGUCAAAUACUAUUUAGAAUCCCUUCUAGAAUUAAUGGUUAAUCAGGUUCCCCGUAUUAUGUGGAAAGAUCUGAAAAACUGUCAAAGGCGUUGUUUUAAUUAUUUAUUUGAAAAAUUCAAACAAUUUUAUUUACCUGCUAUUUUUCCGGAUUAUUCAACAGCUACUAAUGUUUAUAAACAAACAACAGAUCUACCAGAUUGUUCUAAUCAAAACAGAAAUGAUACAAAUAGUAGCUGUAGAGUUUGUGUGAUAAAAUGGCUUGCUGGAUAUACUCAAGAUAUUAAACAAAAACACUAUCCAAAUAUUCCUUUGAUAUCAAAAUUUAUGGGAGAUAAAGCUCAAUUAGUAGCUUUUGAAAUUGUCAGGGAUACUUUGUACAAAUCGAGAGAAAAUGUGAAUUUAAUUCAUGAAAUAUUUCGUCAGGCAUUUUUAUUGAAUUUUAGUUGGGCUAUGGCAAUAAGAAGAACUAUUGCUGUGUACAAAGAUUGGAUUCAAUUAAGUGUUUCUCAACAACCUCCUUUCAUGUUAGAUCCAGAUGGAACAAAUGUACAAAUGUCUAGUUUAGAUAAUAAUGCAGAAGAAAUUCCACCAGUUAAAUAUGAACCAAAAUAUGGUGAUAUUAGAGCAGGAUUUCAGAAUGUCAUUCAAUUGUUUAUGACAAAUGCAUUACAUGUAUUUGUGGCCCAAAGUGGUACUGAGUAUCCAAUGUUGUUAGAAGAACAAGUGGAUACCUGCAAACGAGUUUUAAAUAUUUAUAGAUAUAUGGUCAUGCACACAUAUAUGUCUUUAAAAACUUGGGAGCAAUUAUUAAAUGUUCUAUUAAGAAUAACUACACUUGUUUUGAAUAAAAAACCACCCAGACGAAAAGAAGACACUUUAUCUGGAAAAUUAGCUCCAGCAAUAUUUCAGACUUUGAUUGUGACUUGGAUAAAAGCUAAUUUAAAUGUACCCAUUUCUGAGAAAUUAUGGGAUCAGUUUCUAACAGUACUUUGUUCACUCACUCAAUGGGAAGAACUCAUAAGAGAGUGGUCGAAAACAUUAGAAACUCUAACAAGAGUAUUAGCCAGACAUGUCUAUGGUCUGGAUUUAGCUGAUUUGCCAUUAGAUCGUAUAUCGGAUAAAAAGUCAAGAAGAAAACGUGGUAGUACUACACUAAACUCUACGUAUAACAUGUGUAAUUUGUCACACACACGAGUAAACCAACAACGAGGUUCAGUGACAGACAAUCAAUCAGAUAAUACAACUAAAAGACGAACAUUUAUAAAACGAUCAAAUAGUGAUUCAGAUAUAUCAUACUAUUUAUUUCAAAAAUAUAGUGACACUGAUACAGUUUUCAAUAUUACUGAAACACCAACAACAGAUGACCUUAAAUAUAACUGGAAAGAUGAAAAAUCAUCUAAGUGUUUAUUUAAUGUACGAAAAUGUCAUUCUUUAGAAAAUUUAUCACAAUUAUUAAUGUUACGAAUGCGAGACACACAUUCAAGGUCACCCUCUCCAGUACCUUCAACUGGUAUGGAAAGUAGUUUAUUUAAAGAAGCGCACAUGCAAAUAGAAAUUAUGUCAUCUCAGCAUCCUUCUUCAGAAAAAGUAACCAAUAAAAAGUCAGUCAUGUCUGGUGGUGAUGUAAGAGGAUGGACACCCGAUGUUGCUGCAAUAUUAUGGCGUCGAAUGCUCAGUGCUCUUGGAGAUGUAAAUACAUUAGAAAAUCCUUUACUUCAUGAACAAGUAUUUCAAUACUUACUGGACCUCAGCACAACUAUGACCAAAAUAUAUCAAAACCAAGGAAUGGUAGAAGAAGAGACAUUUGUGUCUCUUGAAUUAGUUCCACCAAUUUCUGUGAUUUCCCCUUGGUGUUUUCAGGCCCUAAAGUUACCAAAAGCUUACAGAAACGGUAAACUUCAUGCAUAUAAGUUGUUAUGUCAGAUGACUUUAAAUAAUAGAGAUAUGCCUCAAGGACAAAAAUAUGUCACACAAUUUUUUAAAGUUCUACAUUACGGUUUAACUUCUAGUGAUCAAGAAGUCGUCAACACUAUAUUAAAAAAUACUGGUUCUGAAUUUUUUUCUCACCAACUUCCUGGUUUUACUUUGCUUACAUUAGAUUUUGUUCACGCUUGCAAUGAAGUUCUUAGUGGAACAAACGUUGUUCUGGCUCCACGUGCUGAAGCUGUGUCUAUAUUAGGCUCUCUGUUAAGUUUCCCUUCAAACCUUACCAAAGUACCUUAUCUUAAACCAGAUUGUCAUCAGUUUGUUAUAACAUAUUGUCCCGAUAUAAAAGACACAGUAAUAACAAUUAUGUUGAAAGUGGCCAAGAGAGAACCAUCAGCAUUAGCAAGAUGUAUUUCCUUGUCAAAUUUGGGCAUUUUUUUAUGUCAAGAAUUAAGUAAUAACAGUAAACAUCCUUGUAUUAAAGAAGCGAUUAUUACAUUACUACAUGCCUUACAAUUUAAAAAUGAAAAAAUUUCCCAAGUAGCUUGUGACAAUGUUUUGCUGCUUUGUGAUUAUAUACCAAGCUUGUUAAAACAUUAUCCUGAUAUUCCACCAAAAGUGCUCGAGGUAUUAUCUGCAACAUUAGCAAAUAUGUUACCAAUCGGUGACAGGAAUAAACGUUUAUUAACAUCUCUAGUAUUUUGUUUGGCUGAAUGGACAAUGUGUAUCCCUGUACCACUUUUGUUAGAGCUACGGUCUAAGCAAAGCUUAUCAAUGACUGUAUUCAUGGUUAUUGAUGCUUUGAGCAGAACAUGUAAUGAUAAAACAAUUGAACAUCUAAAAAAAGCAACAGAAGUAAAUUUAGAAUAUUCAAAUGAAUUUACAUUUGAUAUUACAUUAGACAAUUUAAAGUCCAGCGAAUCGAAAAGCAAUAAUAAAUUUGGUGAUCAUAUUAUUACACCUACUCAUUUAAAUAGUACCCGACACUCACUUCAGAUUGCUACUAGAAUGAUAAUUAACCAUUUGUUAAAUCAUUUGGGCCAAUUUCCGAUGCUAAUAGGACCUGCAAGAUUAUGUUCCAUGGUAUCUGAACACGAUGACACUUUAAACUCUAUUUCUGAACAACUUACGAUUGACAUAUUUACUGUCCCCAGCAUACAGUUAUUUAUGUCCAUUACCAAUAUGUUGGUCAUGUCUAUAAUCGAAUUACCUGCAUUAGAAACACCAGGUGGAGGAAUCACAGCUGGUCUAAGAACAGGUUUAAAUCAAGUGCGAGUUUUACAACGUGAUUUAGUUGGAAAAUCAUGCUGGGAUAUUUCUCCACUGUACUGUGGUCCUAACUAUGAACAUGAAAGUGACGAUAAUUUGUUUAUUAUUAAUCCUGUUCAAAAAAAUAAUGAAGCUGAAGAAUCGAUUGUUGUAACAUACAGUACAAACUGUCAAACCCAACAUACCAUACGUCAUCGAGCUCCUAAUGUCUUACCAACUUUUGAAAAUUCUGCAGACGAUCUUGAUAAUCUUGAUGAUUUACUCCAGUAUGUUGGUUAUACGAGUUCUGAAUGUUUAGAAGACAUGGAAAUUUUGCUGAACAAUCCUGCAGUAAAGUCUCCUAUGACUUCACAAUUAGAACAGGAUAUCAUGAGUACAAUUUUAGGACAAAGGUUCAUGGACAACAGUUAUACAGAAAAAUUGAAUACUGUACACUAUAAUCAUAUGGAGAAACGACCUCAAUGUAGUGUACAUAAGUCUCCAUUUCAAAAUGGCCGUGCCCUAUUUUCGGAAUUAGGUUUUACAAGUUGGGACCAACGGCGACAAAUCUAUCAGCUUGAACGUAACGAAAAAGUCCUGAGAGAACUUCGUGUCCUCGAUGCUCAAUGUUGUAGAGAUACUCACAAGAUCGCCAUCAUAUACGUGGCCGAAGGCCAAGAAGAUAAGGUAUCGAUCAUAUCAAACACUGGUGGCAGUCAGGCGUACGAAGAUUUUAUUUCAGCAUUAGCUUGGGAGGUGGAACUGGAAACUCACAAUGGUUUUAUGGGUGGAUUGCAACGAAAUAAAAACGCCGGUACAACAACCCCAUAUUAUUCAACGUCGUUCAUGGAAGUUGUAUUUCACGUAGCCACCCGAAUGCCGACAACAACUACGCAAGAAGCAUACAUACAAAAAGCCAGACACUUGGGAAACGAUGAAGUGCACAUUGUGUGGUCAGAACAUUCCAAAGAUUACAGACGUGGAAUUAUUCCUACGGAGUUCUGCGACGUUCUAAUCAUUAUAUACCCUCUACCAAACAAUUUGUAUAGGAUUCAAGUCUCCAGAAAACCAGAAGUACCAUAUUUUGGGCCACUUUACAACGAAGUUAUCGUUCAAAAAUCAAUUUUAGCCAAUGUUGUGCGUUGCACGGCAAUAAAUGCAUCGUGUGCCAAACGUAGCAUGAUACCUUUCUACCAACAAUAUUACGAAGAGAGAUGGCGGUCAUUAGAUAUGAUCAUGAAGAAUUACAAACACUCCAGCACCUUCGAAGAGUUUAUAUCAAACGUAUACUCACCCGUCCAAACUACGUCUCCAUUCCAACAACAGCCUUAUUUAAGAAGCAAUUCAGAAAAAUACAAGUCAGACGAUUUCGUAUUGUCCGGUUCGUCUUCAUCCAAUUUAGCUGCGGCACUCAUAGACUCGUCUCACCGGAAUAGGAACACUAAAGUUGAAGCGGAAAUGCAAACCGUCCGCCUGCAGUGAAUAAACCACACCAACACCGCCUGCACGUCUGCCGUCCAUACACAAAUAUAUAUAUAAUAGUACCUAUAUAUAAUAUAUGCCAUAUAAAAGUGUUUGUUCAAUCCGUCGCGGUCAAGAAGAGAGAUCGCCGACGAAGGGAACUCCUCUGCAGCUCAGUCGAUUGUGCGUUAUACUUCCGGUCGAUGAUCGCGGUAUCUUGUCGCGCGCACAUGGUCGUCGUCAAAUCGUGUGUGACGUGUACGCAAAGACGAUGACCGAGCAGAAGACGAUCGAGCGGAACACGCCGUGCGUUAAAGUACAAAAUAUUCCAAAAAUAAAAAAUACAACAGUUUCCUCGUCCUAUCCACUUACGACGCUAUUUUCGCACCACACAUUAUAAUAUACUAAUGAGUUACUAUUUUUUUUUUUUUUUUUUUUUUACUUUCAACUAUACACAACCGUUCUUAUAAUUAUUAUUCGAACUAUGUAUUUUAUAUUAUUUCUUUUAUUAUUACUGUAAUUGUUAUUAUUUCUACCGAUCCGUCCCGUGUGUACUUAAACCGUUGUUGUUUAAUUUAGCUAUACUCCGAAACCUAGACUGACGUGUUCUAUUUCGUGUAUAAUAAUAUGCGCCCCCUACCCCGCAAUCAUACAUUAUUAAUUAUUAUUAUACUCGAACGUACUCUAUAAUAAUGUGAUAUAGUAUAUAUCAAUAAAUGCGUAUUAUAAUAAUAGCGACACGACAAUAACAUUUACCUAUUAAUAUCAGAUGCGUUUUGUUUUCUCGACACGUUUCGUGCAUGUUAUCUGCAAUUACGACGUUUCAACGAUGACAAAAAAAUAGUAAUUUUAAGUUUUAACACCUGUACGGGAUGGUCCCACCCUACCUCGUUCGCGCGGCGUACUACACGGCUCUAUACCCAUGAUGUACGGCCAUCGGUUCACGUACGUCAUAGACUACGCAUAAUAUUGAUAGUUUUAAACGGUUUAUGGUGUAUGGCAUUAGAUGAUAAUAUUAUAUUGCGAUCGAAUCGGUUUUACAUAUCUUUAACGUGACACGUAAAUAUUAUAUUUUUUUAUUCUCGACAAGCCCCGCGCGCGGCCCGCGGUAGGCGCCCAUCAGUCGAAUUAUUUUUUCAUUUAGCACAGCUACGACACGCGUCAUUUCAUCGUUUCGUAUUAUCAUAAAUAUAAUUAUUAUUACGUGACAAUAAAAUACGCGCGCAACACUGUUCGUUAUUAUAUUAACCGAAUAAUAUAUUAUGUGUGUCGCGGUUUAAUUAUACGCGUGUCCAAGUAAUAUAUAAUAAUGGCAACAUAAUGUCCUUACUAUUUUUUUCCCUUGUUUUUUAAUCGUUAAUACGCGAUGUCGCGUAUUACUUCUGUCGUCAUUACUGUAGGUAUUAAAAUAUAAUUGUUUGUUAUUUUUUAUUUCACGUUUUACUGCGAUCUCGUUUACUCACGUUUGUUUAACUUAAGUCGAUUACAUUCAACGGAGGAUUACACCUUCUACUGUGGCGCUGUAACGCCAACGGUAUUGAUAAUUCUUAUAAUAUAGCCGCGUUUGAACGUAUUAUUGUUCUUUAUACUAUAAAAUGUGCACUAAAAAACUUUCUUCUUGUAUAAUAUUAAAACAUGUUAUCAUUUAUUGUGUUUAGGUACUUUUUAACACGUUUUAUACUCUAUUCACAUAGAUAUAUUUAUUAUAUGUAUUUUAAUAUUUGAACGUAACUCAUAUAUUUAAUUUUUUCCAAUUUUUAAUCUGUGAUUUUUUCUCUAGUUAUUUUUAUUUAUUUAUUAAUUUUAUUAUUAUUACUAUUUAUUAUUUUAUUAUUAUGUAUUAUUAUAAUUAUUUUAUUUCUGUUUCUAACUUCUAACCGUUAUACGCAUUAAGUUCAAACACAUCUAUCGGUAUGCUCGUCGCGCACAGUAUUAACGCUAUCCACAAAAAUGACGGGUGUACCACCACAUCAGUACCCAGUGGCGCCGAUGUCAUCGGAAAUCCAUAUUAUAUAACAAAUUUCUGUAUACCUAUCGCACAACCCAACCCACCAGAUUCAUUAAUUCCUGUUUUACAAUCAUUUAUUGUUGAAAUAGUUGUUCGAAGUUUUCACCAAUUUCAAACUACAGUGCACCCACAUAAAUUACCUAUGAUAUUAAUCACCCGUUGAAUCAAAGGUUCGGCGCCACUGCCAGUACUUACUUCGGACUUCCUAUCCAAACAUCUUUAUAAUAAUAGCGAAUAAUGUAAUAUUUUCAUAUUACAGUGUAAUGUCGACGCGACGACCGUACACGCCGUCGUCGUCUCGACAAAAGGGUUAAUAUAUAGCUAAAUAAUUUUAUUUUUUA